GCGCCCCAUGGACGAGGCAACGAGGCAGUUCUUCCGGCGGCAGCAGCAGGAGGACCCGGAGAACCAGGCCUGCGUGGACACAGCCGCGGCGAACCCGCAGUGGGCCUCCGUCUCGCAUGGUUGCUACAUCAGCCUGGAGUCCUCCGGGGUGCACCGCAGCCUAGGCGUGCACGUCAGCUUCGUGCGGUCGACCACGAUGGACUCGUGGAAGCCGCUGCAGCUUCGGCUCAUGGAGCUGGGCGGCAACCGGCGCCUCCGUGCGCACUUCAGGAAGCACGGAGUGCCCGACGCCAUGCCCAUCGCCCAGAAGUACAACACCCGGGCCGCGGAGUGGUACCGCAGGAACCUGCGCGCGCUGGCCGAGGGCCACGCCCCGCCGGAGGACCUGCCAGAAGGCACUGGGCAUCUCCCGGUCGGCGCGCCGCCCUCGGCUACCCAGCUCGCGUUCGCCAAGGCGGCGGCCGGCGCGGAGGCCGUGCAGCACGUGUCCGCAGGCGGCGGUUGGCGCGCCGCGGCCCGCCCUUUGGCGGGGCCGAGAGCCGCGGGCCGGGAUACGGCAGGGGUUCAAUCAGUGGCGAGGCGUCUUGGCUCGCCUAUGCGCCCACCGAAGAAUGUGAUAUGA